AUGGUGUGGUUCAAAAUGUUCAAAUUAAGCAUAAAACUUACACGCUCAGCGUCGUUAGCACUAAAACGUACCAUGUCUAGUCAAGAACAGGAUGUCGUCUUCGAAACUCUCAACAACGCUGGAAUCAUCACUUUAAACCGUCCGAAAGCUCUAAACGCUCUCAACACGUCUAUGGUAACCAAGUUGUUACCACAGCUGCGGGAAUGGGAGAGUCAGAAAUCCUUAGUUAUCGUUAAAGGGGCUGGAGACAAGGCGUUUUGUGCAGGUGGAGAUGUCAAAUCUGCUAUAGACAAAAAUGUAGGUCCAAAUUUCUUCCAUACAGAAUAUAAUGUCAACUACCUUAUUGGCAAAUACAAGAUUCCCUACAUAGCAAUCAUAAAUGGCAUUACCAUGGGAGGAGGACUUGGAGUCUCAGUCCACGGCAGAUACAGGAUAGCUACAGAGAAGACCAUGAUUGCCAUGCCUGAGACGAAGAUUGGAUUGUUUCCGGAUGUCGGUGGAUCAUAUUUCCUUCCAAGACUGCAAGUUAAUUUAGGUUUAUAUUUAGGAUUGACUGGUGACAGACUCAAGGGUAACGAUGUAGUGAAAUCAGGCAUCGCAACUCACUAUGUUCCUAGCAAGAGGCUUUACGAGCUCGAAGUUCUACUAUCGCGCUGUACCAGCGAUGGUGAAAUCAAUUCCUUGCUUAACAACUUUCAUGAGUCCUCGGACGAAUUCUCAUUAUCAAGUAAUAUCAAGCAUAUCAAUUACUGCUUUGCUGCUUCCUCGAUUGAGGAGAUAAUUGAGAGGCUUGAGAAAGUUAAUAAUGAAUGGUCGGAGAAGACUUUGAAGACUCUUCACCAAAUGUGCCCGGGCUCGUUGAAGAUCACGCUUCGUGCCCUCCAGCGUGGCGCUCAGCUGGAUCUGAGCCAAUGCUUGCAGAUGGAGUACCGCUUAGCGUGUCGCGCUAUUGAAAAUAAUGAUUUCCCUGAAGGAGUUCGAGCCCUCUUGAUAGAUAAAGACAACAAUCCCAAGUGGAAACCUGCCUCUCUGGCUGAAGUGGACGACGACUACGUUGAGGGCUACUUCGUUAGGCUCCCACAGGACAAGGAGCUUCAGUUCUUUGACUCCAAACUGUAG